AUGGCCUCCGCCAGAGCCCACCUGCUGCUCUGCUUCGCCGGCCUGCUGGCCGUCACCGCGGCUGCCGCCUCGGACCUCGGGGCCCGGGAUGCCGCUGCGCCCCCGGGAAGCCGCGUCCGCAGGCCGCUGCCCGCCGAUGCUGCGGGCGUCCGCUUGAGGCGUGCCACCACCCGCCGGCCGGAGUCCACCACCGAGAGAACAGCCAUCCUGGACAGUUGGGAGGCCUGGAAAGCUCUACUCAGGAACAAUGCUAAGGCCAAGAAGAGCAAAGGCAGGAAGCUGGAGUCAUGCCCCCAAAUCCUUGCCCUCCUGGACGACUCAAGGCCCGUCAACUCAUCAGAACUGGUGAAGGAGCUCCGGCGGCUGAUCGAAGAAUAUGUGCCACUGCGAGAGCGCAUGUUGCUGGGCCUUGCCUCACAUGAUGCAGAGAAGGCAACAGGGAACGGGGACAGCGUGGAUAAGCUGGCAGAGGCCCUGGUCACGAGCCCACGGAUCGUGGGGGGCGCCUUCCACUGCCACCUGCGCCAGAAAUUGUCGGUGGAGCGGCGCACACUGCAUGAACUUGGUGGCUACUACCUGCCUGAAUCCGAGGGCGCUUUCUUUCGUGGCCUGGGCCUGAACCUGACCAGCGGCCAGUACAGAGCACCAGUAGGGGGCUUCUAUGCUCUUGCUGCCACGCUGCACGUGGCCCUUCCUCAGCAUAGGAAGCCAGAGCAGCGACACCCUCGGGACCGCCUGCGCCUGCUCAUCUGCAUCGAGUCCCAGUGCCAGAAUCACACAUCCCUGGAGGCUGUCAUAGGUCUGCAGAGCGGCAGUGAGCUCUUCACCAUCUCCGUGAACGGUAUUCUGUAUCUGCAGAGGGGGCAGUACACCUCUGUCUUCCUGGACAACGCCAGCGGCUCCCUCGUCACUGUGCAAGGCGGCUCCCAGUUCAGCGCUCUCCUCCUUGGCAUCUGA